AUGCUGGGAGCAUCUCCUUACAUGAACUCCGUGCUAUGUUGCACUGUGGCGGGCAACUCAGGUGUGAGUGAAAGCAACACGGAACCCGAGCAUGAUACACAACCACUACGAUCAUUUGUCACACUUGGUCACGCGUCCGCCAAAGACAUCCAGGAGCUGAAUGGGUUCUCUGGCACCAAAGUGUUGGAACUGGAUACGAACACCACGUCGGAGACGUGUCCGCAGUUCGCAAAUCUAGUAUUGCGUCGCCGUGUUGUGGAGGGACACAUCGCGCCCCCUACGAUGCGCUUGGAAAACACGCCCGAAUUGACACGAAUGUUCAACGUAACACAUAUGAGUUAUGAUGAGUUUAAACAGCGAACAGGUAUAUGGGCCCGUGAGAAUAUCGCAUACACGCACUACUGUGAAUAUUCCGUCCGAAAGACACCCUCAGCAUCGCUGGAUACUAAAAGAGGUAAGCUGGGUGUCGAUCCCUGGGAUCUUGAUGAAGCAUUUCAUAAAAUAACAAAACCAGAACGUUUAUCUUGUGUUUGA